AUGCGAUUCAGUGUGUUAAAGUGUCUCGUGGAAUUUAUGUACUGUGGGAAAACACAAUGUUUAGAAGAAAACUUGGAUGAACUUGUAUCUGCAGCUCAAUUUUUAAAAAUCAAAGGACUUUCCAAAGUCACAAAAGAAGGAUUAGGAAUUACAAAUCAAAGUGAGCUACCAGUCUUCACUCCACCAGUAGUAAUAAAUCGGCCACCACAAUCCCUCAUCGAUUUACAUUCGCAGCAGGACAUGGUACUUCGCAUACCAUUUGACAUCGAGAAUGGCGGGAAUGCAGCGCCCAAUGUAGAUUAUGUGGAUGGACCACGCGCUAUCAAGCCGAGGCGAGGGAGACCGAGCGUUAGGCGUUCCGGCGGAUGGGAGACUAGCGGUAUUUUAGGCCGAGCCGCAGAACGUGCUCUGAUGCGUCGAGAACAGGACUCGCGGAAGGCCAUUCAUCAGCUGAAGCAUUUGCAAACGAGACAUAUGCAGGAUUAUAUGGACAGAGUGACUCUCUCUCAAGCUGUGAAUAGCAUUUGUGGACCUGAUAACUCCAACAAUCACGGUUACAUUAAUCUUAAUAACGAUCUCAUGUAUAUGGACCAGACUGCGUCUGCGAAUGUUCUCGAUCCUGCCAUAUCAUAUAGUAAAGAACACUCUAUAGGUAAUGAAACUAUAACGUCGAGCUACGCUAACACUACCAUGUGCAGUACAGCUAGUGAACCUACUAACAGUGGUAUCGGCAACGCCAUGUCACAGUACGUGAAUGCUCUUAAAAAUGCAGGAUUACCAACAGACUUGCCUAUUCUAUUCGAAUCAGGAGAUGGCUCUUACAUCAAUGUUAACGAACAAGUUCUUUUAGAUAUGGUACAGAGCAGUGAAAUACAGUACGAAGUUAUAGAACAACCAAACAUUAUAGAAAAGGUUGCGGAUCCAAGUGAAAUUAAAAGUAUUGAUGAUCUAUCUAAAUCCAUUGAAAGAGGAGAGAUACUUCUUGGAACAAAAGGCUAUAACACAAAUACAGAUUUUGGCAAAGAUACGAGUCAGUAUAGUCAACAAGAAGAAGUUAUAAACAGUUUGAAUUCCAUUCUACCUGAUAAUUUAGAAUCAUUUGCCGAACAACAAAAUUUUGUAGUUCUCGACCCUCCUCUUCAAGAAAAUAAUAAUUCAUUGGACCACGACAACGCGCAUGAUUUUUCAGGAAUAGAUAGCGACAUGCAAUUCUUUACGAAAUCUAUGAGUGAUGAUGUAAAGAAGUACUAUGAGGACCACCAGUUGAAUGACGCUAGAGUAAUGGAACAACUAUGUCCUGCCAGUACAUCUUUGGACACCAGCUUUAGCAUGUCCUUACUGGAUACUAAAACUUCCAAUAUGAGUGAAACACUCACUCAACAGUACAACCCAUUGAACCCUGACGACGAUUUUGGCCUUCAAUUACCACAAAAUACUGAUGACACCCUGGACUGCCUUAUGACUACGCCGAAGCAAGCGGACGACGAAACAAGUGCAUUUGCAGAUAGCCAUCUUCUCCAUAAAACUAUUCCUGAAAAAGACGACAUUAUGAAAGAUCUUAUGAAUAUUGAAAACAACGUGGAAACUGUGGACAUAAAUUCGAAAACUCAAAAUUUUACCGAAAAUUCCUUAAAAAAUAUCGAUCUUGAAAGUGCAAACGAUUCUAUAAAUAACUCGGAAGACUUAUCUGAAAAUAUUAAUUCUGGAACUCUGCAAUGGGAUAGCAUGGAUAUCAGCACAAAAGAAACUUCUAAUCGGGAGAAUGAAAAUAUGUCAAAUAACUGCAGUCAUCUGAACGAUGCACCUGAAAAUCAAUUUCGGGAAUCCGUCAUUGAUCUAACGGAUUCAUUAAAAGUUAAAUCAGACUGGGAGAACAUUAUGAAUGAUAAUGAUGAAAUUAUGAAUAAAGAAAAUUGUAUGCCGAACGAAAAUAUAAAUUGCACGUUAGAAGAAGAUAUUCCGUAUGCCGUUGGCUUAUUGCCUUUGAAAAAGGAGCUGCAAACGGAAAAUGAAAAUAUUCAUAAAAGAAAAAAUUCCAUCGAUGUAGAUACUUUAGAUAACGUCGAUGCAAAAUGUUUAAAACGUAAGAUCAAAUACAAAAAGUUGUGA